CCCCCGUGUGUUGCACAGGCGCACCAAUGUUUUCUACUGUCUUAGCUACACCGGCGCAAAGUUGCUAAAGUUAGUAAACAAACAGAAAGCUUCGAGUACGCGCGCGCGCUGUGUCUCAGAGUCGAUCAUUUCGUGCGCGGUCUCAUUUCAAACGAAUUGAAAGGAUUAUAAAUUGGUGCGAAUCAUAUUAAAACAAAAGUGAUGUACAAGAAACGUGUGUGUGCUGUGUAGUUUAAAAAGGAAACAAUUCCCAUCGUGAAUAUAUUAAUUAUUAAACAUAUUGGAUAUUGGAAACAACUUUGUGAGAAUAAACAUUGAAAUGAGUGCACAAUGAGCGUAGCAUGUUUGAUAACUGCGCGUACGUGGGGCCUAAGUGCACGGAGGUGGCCGAAAAAUUGGUUCAGAUUUUCGGAUGGCGGCACACGUACAAUGUAGAAAAGUUGCAGAGGAAUGUCCCUGGCCGUGGGACCACACGGAUAUCGAUUACACGAUCGUCGCAUACGCCGUACAUUCGUGCCGCCAUUAAUGAGAAGGGUCCUGACUCAUGGCUGGCGGUGCACAACCUUCAGUCACAGGGUGGCGGUAUUCUAGACCCUGACGAUCAUCUUAGCGAUGUUGUAGAUGACCGUGAACAGAUACUAGCUAGUUUUGAAGAUGGCGAAGGGGCACAUCAUCAUGGCGGAGGCGAUGGUGCAAGUGGUAGCUCUGUUGGCACAGGCAGUCCUGAUAUAUUCCAUGACGGUGAUCACAAAUAUGGCCCCGGUUAUACACGUACAGAUAUUGAGGUAACCGGAGAGCAUUUGGCAAAUGGGGUAGCAGGAGUAUUACAGGUGCGGCGUGGUAGUGAACCUGCCUUGAAUCAAUUACCAGCAGGUCCUCCACUUUCGACUGAUCAAACGAAACGAUGGUCUGCCGCUCCGCUUAUCUUUGAACAACCAGCCAAUGGUACUUAUUUGAAUGUAAGCACUGAUUGGGUGACUGAGAGUCGAGAUGAAGAUGACGAUGAAGAGAAUGAUAAUAAACCGAAUGGGAUUAAACGAAUAUCCAGGGAUGGUAGUAAUCGUCUUUCUAUGCAAUUUUUGGGUGAAGGUGGUGGUUAUAAGUGGGCGGAAGCCGCCGAACGGGCGCAUAACAGGAAUUAUACAUCUACAUCACUUCCACGGGAUCAGAAACGAAAGGAACCACUGGGUCAGGCGAACAAUACAGACAAAAACUUUGGAGAGUUAAUUGUUAUUCGAAAUGAACCAGGCCCACUAGGUAUUCAUGUGGUACCGGAUUAUAAUCGACAAGGGGACGACCAAGGAUUGUUAGUGCAAGGCAUUGAGCCUGAUGGCAGAAUAGAUCGUGAUGGAAGAUUGGCUUUGUUUGAUCGUAUUGUUGAAAUUAACGGUCAUAAUUUACUUAAUAUGCCGUUCCAAAGGGUACAAGAAAUGUUUAAACUUUCACUGACAUCACCUGAGCUACGGCUAAGAGUAACCAAAGCCAAUUCACACUCGAAAUUACCAGCGCCCGUUUAUCCUCGUAUGAUUGAAAAUAAAGAGAACAUUGAGCGACUUGUAGAGGUGGAACAGAAACAGCAGAGUACAAAUACAAAAGUCGCGACGGUAUCACCAACUAAAAAAGUGCCAUCAGGUGGCCGCAAUACCAAAUCAUUGCUUAUUGCCAACACCAGAAAAAUAGGCAGAAAGAUUGAACUGGAAUUGACAAAGGGACCUCAUGGUUUGGGCUUUAGUAUCACAACAAGGGAUAAUCCUGCAGGUGGUAAUUGUCCUAUUUAUAUAAAGAAUAUUAUUCCCAAGGGAGCUGCGGUUGAAGAUGGCCGAUUAAAAAUUGGUGACCGGCUUUUGGAAGUAAAUGGUAUAGAAAUGACUGGUAAAAGUCAAUCGGAAGCUGCUGCUGUUUUAAGGAACACUCCCACUGGUAGUACAGUAGGGAUUGUUGUCUCUCGACAAGAAGAUGUAACGGAUACAUCUCUUCCACGCAUUAUUGGAGUGGAUCCAAUUGCCGAGAAAAGCGAGAGUCGCGAGGAGCUAAGGGAUGAAUCAAUCCCACCAACAAUACCUCCACUUCCGCAAAUGCAUCAUCGUUUUACGCAUCAAAUGCAACCGCCGCCAUCACAACAAAUGGUCCAAAUGAAUACCAGUGACAAUCAUUGCGUUGAUCGUGAGCGCGAGAGGCAACAGAGCAAUGUUUCGAAAAUAAUCUCGCAGUUUCAAGAGGCCACCAAUACUGCAAACAUCACUCCUAAUGAUAAAUUAGAUGACAGUUUGUCCCUGCCCUGGAGGUACCGCGAGUACCUUACCUUUAACAUUCCGGUGCAUGAUUCCGAGAAAGCAGGUCUGGGUAUAAGCGUGAAGGGCAAAACAAGUGGUGCGCAGGAUCUCGGGAUAUUCAUUAAAAGUGUGAUUCAUGGCGGGGCUGCAUCACGAGAUAAACGAUUGCGAACGAACGAUCAACUCCUUAGUGUGAAUGGCAUCUCUUUGCUGAAUCAAAGUAACAGCGAUGCGAUGGAAAACUUGCGUAAAACUAUGUGUCAUAAUGAAGGUCCCGUUCCGGGUAAUAUAACUUUAACUAUUGCUAGACGUGCAUUCAGUCCAGCUUUGAAUAGAAGUUUAGGCAAUCCUCAUGAAACUAGUUUUGGAAGUAAUAAGAGUCGUGAGAUUUACUCGAUGAAAUCGACUGAUUCAGAUAACUCCGGUGGUUCUGUCAAUACAAUAAUCUACAAUCCUUUGAAUAAGUCUCUGGACUCGUCGAAAGGGUCUCUGAAUAAAAGCAUUCAGAGUCAUCAAAGCGGCAGUAGUCCGGUGACACAUGCUCAUAGUCCAAUGAAUACGUGGAAUCCAGUUUUGGACCGAUUAAUGGGCAAUACGAAUAAACAAUUGCGUAAUGAGAGUUAUUAUAAAGCGACGAAUGACACCUGGAAUGCGAGCACGUUCUCUCCGAAUCAAUCGCGAAUGGGAACGACAAUAAAUUUGCCAAAUAUGGAGCCUGUUUUAGUUGAGGACGACUACGGAUCACGUAUUAUACAUUCCAAGAGUAAUAUUCUUAAACCAGCAUCGCCAUCAAAUACAAAAAUAAUUCCAAUCAUACCAAAUAACGGCGUGAGCGCUGCAAUAAAUAAAUCGAUUGAAAACCGCAAGGAUCAUGAGCCAGAUGGAAAGUCCAUGAUUAACCGCAGUAUCUGUGAUAAAAGUAGUGACUUGGACACCAGUAAUCAAAAACCUGGAGGCACUGAUGCGACAUACGCAAGUCAAUUGAGUUUAGAGAAUCCGGCUGGAUUUUGUAGGGACGCUUUUGGCAGGCAGAGUAUGUCAGAGAAGCGACAUGCAACACUGGAUGCGAAAAGUACUGACACAUAUCAACGGACGAAGAAAAUGCGUGAGGAACGACUGAAAGGUAAAGAAGCUAAUUUAACGCGGGUCGGAUCAGUGGAGUCAGUUAUCAGUGUGAAUCGGCCAACUGAGCAUCCUGAAUACGCUGAUAAGCUCGGUGAACUAGGACCGUCUUUGGGAAUGAAAAAGUCGUCUAGUUUAGAAUCUUUACAAACAAUGGUACAAGAAAUUCAAAUGCAAGAAGAGGGUGACCCGGCAUACAGUUACCGGGGACCAGGUGGAGCUUUAAAAGUAAUACGAGGUAAAGGUUGCGAGGAAAGUUUCCGUGCUGCUGUUGACAAGGAAUACAGUUUGGAUCCGAAUCAUCGUAGCGAGGUGAGUGCCAAAAAACAUUGGCUACUCGACCCGCCCGCAGACUAUGAGCGUGAAAUUGACGGUUUUAACAAUGUCCGCGGUGGAUUGCGCCAAUCAUCACUAAAUGCAGCACUAGAUUCUAAACAUAAAGCUUCCAAAAAGAAACCAAGUAUUCUUAAAGGUAUUGGUUCGAUGUUCCGAUUUGGAAAACAUCGAAAAAUUGAUUUUCCUGUCGAGGAACAUCAACAUUACCAGCAGAGUAAUGAAUUUGACGAAGCCCCUAAGGACGAAAGCAAUAAAAUCGAAGAGCCAUCAAAGGAGCCAUCAAAUCAAGUUCAACAACCAAUCCCACAUCAACAACAAGUGCAUUCACGAUAUCCACCGAUGCAAAUGAAUCCCAGCCCGCAGCAAGCGGCGCAAAUCCAACGAGAGCCGAUCUAUCAACGGCAUGGAUAUGUGCAUCAUCAUGCUGAACAGGUGCAGGUGAUUCCCGAGAAUGCUCCAAUGCAAUCCGUUAAUCACAGAUACCGACGCAGUCCGGAGCAACAAAGCCGCGCACAUGGCAGCAAUCUUUUAAAAGCACACGAACAGCGCAUGGCGGCGCGUCACAGCUAUUAUCCGCCAUCGGAGGCGGACCCGCAUUAUGAACAGAUCUCCCGACAGGUUAGCAAUUUAAAUAAUAUACCUCCUGAACAUCCAGUUAACAACUACGGGACGAGUUAUGGCCGGCCCGGAAGUCGCACUGGCGUCACGGAAGCGAUGACCUCCCUCACACACUACGUCAACCAUGACGAGUUACAAUCACACUUGAGUCGGUCCGACAACCUGUCUGAUUCUCAAAUAGUGCAAAUGCGCUUGCAGGUGCAGCAGCAGAGAUUAAAGGUGGAGGAGGAAAGUCGAAAGCAACACCAGUAUCACUCACAGCGACAGCCGAAGCAAGAAAUGCAGCUGCGACCGGUCUCAAACUUCUACGAAUACGAGAGCGUGCAAUCGAUCCUAUCAACUAGAGGCAGAAAUAGUAAUCCACAUCAAUACCAACAGCAUCCGCCGCCAUCACAACGUGUACCGCCGCAAUACAAUCGGCGCGGGCCAUUUGUUACGCAGGUCACCAUCGGUGAACAGAAGGAAGCAAAACAAAACGGCACCAAAGUCUGACUGAUGUUUUAAUCAUUCCAAUCAAGCAACACUGUAUCAUUCACAAUCCAAUAAUUUUAUUAUCGAUUUUUAACAUAUUGUUUAGAUUUUAUACAAAACAUUUAUUAAUUAUGAUUUUACUUCCAUUUUUAUAAAGUUAUUUUUUUAUACUUACGCGUGGAAGUAUUCAAUAUCGUGUAUUACGUAAUUUAAUUAUUUGUACAUAGAAACAAGAAUACCGAUAGUAUGCAUAGGUCAUAAUUUAUGUAUAUAAAAUUAAAAUACACAUUCCAAUAAUAUUUUUAUAUACUAAAA